AUAAAAUGUUCUUUUAUUAAACUUUGGAUCAAACUUUAAAUUACUAGACUAGAUUUUCUUUUUCUGUGAUAACCGAAACAUCAGGUUAUCUAAAAAUAAAAAUAAUAUCUCACAUCUUCUCUGUCAGAAACAACACUCACUCAAUCAUUUAUUCAUUUUUGUUAAUUAAAACCUCCUUUCUUUCUUCUUCCACUUCAUAAUAAUCACCGCUUCAAGAUCUUAAAUUAUUAAACAUUAUCCCCAAAUCACUCAUAGAUGGAUCACACCUUUGGAUUUAUGGACAAACCUUUUCUUCAACCUGAUCCAAACAAUGCUACAGAAGAAGAAGAAGAUUCACCUUUGGAUGAAAUUGAUUUCUCUUCCACUGUUCUUCGUUACAUAAACCAAAUGCUUAUGGAAGAAGACAUGGAUAUGAAACCAUGUAUGUUUCAUGAUUCAUUGGCUUUACAAGCUGCUGAAAAAUCUUUCUAUGAAGUCAUUGGUCAGACUUACCCUUCUUCUUCUGUACAAAGCCCUGAUGAUAGUUUUAACAGUAAUUUCAGUAGUAGUAAUUCUGUUGAAGUUGAAUCAUAUUUGAGUAAAUUUGAUGUUUCUGAGCAUAAUCCUUCUAUAUUGAAAACCCAUUUUCCUGUUGAUUUUGUUUUUCAAGCUAGUUCAAUCAAUGGUAGUAGUAAUAGCAGUAGCGAUUUCGGUGUAACCGGUGGUGGAUUUAGGGAUGGAUUUCCUGAUUCAAAUUUGAUUAGUAAGAAUGAGUCUGUAUUGCAAUUUGAGAGGGGUGUGGAGGAAGCUAAUAAGUUUCUACCUAAAGUGAAUCCAUUUAUUAUUGAUUUGGAGAGUAACCCUUUUGUUCCUUCUUUUAGAAGGGAGGUUCAGGUUCAGGAGGUAGUGGUUGAGAGGGAGAGCGAUGAAAGGGAACAUUUUUCAGCUGAGUCGAGGGGGAGGAAGAAUCAUGAGCGGGGAGAUGAAUUGGGUUUACAAGAUGAGAGAAGUAACAAGCAGUCAGCUUUUUAUACUGAUGAUGACAGUGAGCUAUCCGAGCUGUUUGAUAAGGUGCUGCUUGGAACGGGGUGCAGAAAGGAAGAAAAGGCUAAUGGGUCGGAUAUGAGUGUGCAGCAGAAAGAAGAAGCAAAUAAUUCUGGUGGUGGAAAAAGCCGUGGUAAGAAACAAGGCAACAAGAAGGGUGUUGUGGAUUUGAGGACAAUGUUGGUUCUGUGUGCUCAAUAUGUUUCUUCUGAUGAUCGUGCAAAUGCUAAUGAGUUAUUGAGGCAGAUAAGGCAGUAUUCUUCUCCACUGGGUGAUGGAUCUCAGAGGCUGGCACAUUGUUUUGCGAAUGCUCUUGAAGCACGCAUGGCUGGCACUGGAACUCAGAUUUAUACUGCUUUAUACUCCAAAAGAAACUCUGCUGCCGACAUGGUGAAAGCGUACCAAAUGUAUAUUUCAGCCUGUCCAUUCAAGAAGCUUGCAAUCAUUUUCGCGAACCAUACAAUUCUGAAUCUAGCCAAGGAAGUAGAAACUCUUCACAUUGUAGAUUUUGGCAUCCGUUACGGCUUUCAAUGGCCUGCCCUUAUUUAUCGUUUAUCAAAGCGACCUGGGGGGCCUCCUAAGCUGCGCUUGACAGGGAUAGAACUCCCCCAACCUGGCUUCAGGCCUGCAGAGAGAGUCCAGGAGACAGGACUUCGCCUGGCAAGGUAUUGUGAACGUUUUAAUGUUCCGUUUGAGUUCAAUGCUAUUGCACAGAAAUGGGAAACCAUCAAAGUUGAGGACUUGAAGAUAAAGAAAAAUGAACUUCUUGUGGUGAAUUCUGUUUGUCGGCUUAAAAAUUUACUUGAUGAGACAGUUGUGUUGAAUAGUCCCAGGGAUGCUGUUUUGAAAUUAAUUAGGGACACAAAUCCCAAUAUCUUUAUACAUACUACUGUCAAUGGGAGCUACAAUGCCCCAUUCUUUGCGACACGGUUCAAGGAGGCUCUUUUCAAUUACUCUACAAUGUUUGAUGUGCUUGACAUCAAUGUUGCUCGUGAAGAUCAAACGAGGUUGAUGUUUGAGAAAGAGUUCUGGGGGAGGGAAGUAAUGAAUAUUAUAGCCUGUGAAGGUUCUCAGAGGGUUGAGAGGCCAGAGACAUACAGGAAAUGGCAGGUUCGGAAUACAAGGGCUGGAUUUAGGCAUCUGCCCUUGGAUAAACAUCUCAUUAACAAGUUAAGAUGCAAGUUGAAAGACGUGUAUCAUAGUGAUUUCAUGCUUGUUGAAGAUGGAAACUGCAUGCUGCAAGGAUGGAAGGGCCGUAUAAUUUACGCUUCCUCCUGCUGGGUACCUGCAUAGGACUUGGCAAUGAUCUGCUCAAGGAAUCUGCAUAGGGCUAUGGGUGACAUAUUCUAGAAGCUGACCCCUGCCAAUGGAAUGGUAUAGAACAGUUCAGUUUCAGUAGCCAUAAUAUUUUUAUUUGGUUAAGUUUGUGUAUGAUAUAACUAAUGCUAUGUAAAUGACGUAUUUAGAUGCAUAUUAGCUGAACUUUUCUUUUGUUGGGUAGUCGCUCAUAAGGAUGCAGCAGAAUCGUGAGUACUUCCC